GGUGUGAGGAUAUUAUAUGAAUGGUGUGAGGGAAUUAAAACAUGGACUGUAGUUAGUUGGUCUUUGGAUAACACUUUACACCGUGGAGCUUCUCAGCAUACACUGACUAUACAAAAUAUUAACAAAAUCUAAAUACAAAAAUCUCUUUUUAUUUGUCACAUACUCAUGGUUAGCAGAUGUUAAUGCGAGUGUUCAAAAUGCUUGUGCUUCUAGUUCCGACAGUGCAAUAAUAUCUAACAAGCAAUCUAACUGUUCCCCAACAACUACCUAAUACACACAAAUCUAAAAGGGGUGAAUGAGAAUAUGUACAUAUAAAUAUAUGGAUGAGCGAUGGCCAAGCGGCAUAGGCAAGGUGUAAUAGAUGGUAUAAAAUACAGUAUAUACAUAUGAGUAAUGUAGGACAUGUAAACAUGAUUAAAGUGACAUUAUUUAAAGGGUCAUUGUUUAAAGUGACUAGUGAUCCAUUUGUUAAAGUGGCCAGGGAUCGGGUCUCCAUGUAGGCAGCAGCCUCUCUGAGUUAGUGUUUGCUGUUUAACAGUCUGAUGGCCUUGAGAUAGAAGCUGUUCUUCAGUCUCUCAGUCCCAGCGUUGAUGCACCUGUACUGACCUGCUCUUUCCAUGACAUAGACUGACCAGGUGAAUCCAGGUGAAAGAUAUGAUCCCUUAUUGAUGUCACUUGUUUAAUCCCCUUCAAUCAGUGUAGAUGAAAGGGAGGAGACAACUUAAAUAAGGCUUUUUAAACCUUGAGACAUGGAUUGUGUUUGUGUGCCAUUCAGAGAAUGAAUGGGCAAGACAAAACAUUGAAGUGCCUUUGAACGAGGUAUAGUAGCACCGGCUUGUGUCAACAGUUUCCCAUGUGUAUCAAGAAUGGUCCACCACCCAAAGGACAUCCAGACAACAUGAAACAACUGUGGGAAGCAUUGGAGUCAACAUGGGCCAGCAUCCCUGUGGAACGCUUUCAACACCUUGUAGAAUCCAUGCCCCGACAAAUUGAGACGAUGAAUGAGGAUAAUGUAUCAAAUCCGGUCAGGGUCCAACUACGCAAUCACUCCCUGAGAAUUCCAGUGACCUUUGACCCAAGUAUGGCUACCACUCAGGGGACCACCGUGCCCCCCUCCCAAUCCCCAGGUUUAGGUGUACCCACCCUGGUCACCAUAGACAUUGUGGUGCUCGUUGUCUACUUCCUCCUUGUACUGGCUGUGGGCCUCUGGUCCAUGUGGAAAACCAAGCGGAGCACGGUGGAUGGAUACUUCCUGGCAGGAAAGAGCAUGUCCUGGUGGCCGGUGGGCACCUCUCUGUUUGCCAGUAAUGUGGGUAGCGGCCACUUCAUGGGCCUGGCAGGCUCAGGAGCAGCAGCGGGCAUCAGUGCUGUGGCAUAUGAGUGGAACGGGAUGCUGAUGGUGCUGCUCUUGGGUUGGCUUUUCCUCCCCAUCUAUAUCGCUUCCGGGGUGACAACCAUGCCUGAAUACUUGCAGAAGCGAUUCGGGGGGAAGCGAAUACAAUUAUUCAUAGCUAUUUUGUAUUUAUUCAUUUACAUCUUCACAAAGAUAUCGGUGGAUAUGUAUGCUGGGGCUGUGUUUAUUCAACAGGCCCUGCAGUGGAACAUCUAUGUAGCUGUGGUGGUGCUUCUGCUCAUCACUGCUCUCUAUACUGUAACAGGUGGUCUGGCUGCUGUCAUGUACACAGACGCUGCCCAGACUGGCAUCAUGUUGAUAGGAGCACUCACCCUCAUGGGCUUCAGUUUCGCUGAGGUGGGGGGCUGGAACGCCCUCCUAGAGGGGUAUGCUACGGCCAUCCCCUCUGUCCGCGACCCUAACACCACAUGUGGCAUCCCCCGGGACGACGCCUUCCACCUGUUCCGUGACCCUGUGACCUCUGACCUGCCCUGGCCGGGCAUCCUCCUGGGCAUGUCCAUACCCUCCAUGUGGUACUGGUGCUCAGACCAGGUGAUAGUGCAGCGCUCCCUGGCUGCUAAGAACCUGCUCCAUGCUAAAGGAGGCUCCCUGCUGGCUGCCUACCUCAAGAUCCUGCCCUUCUUCAUGAUGGUCCUGCCCGGCAUGAUCAGCAGAAUACUCUACCCAGACGAGGUGGCGUGUGGUGACCCUGAGGUGUGUACUGAGGUGUGUGGGAACCCAGUGGGCUGUUCAGACAUCGCCUACGCAAAACUGGUCAUGAAGCUACUGCCCUCAGGUCUGCGUGGUCUGAUGAUGGCGGUGAUGAUUGCUGCUCUCAUGUCCUCCCUCACCUCCAUCUUCAACAGCUCCAGCACCAUCUUCACCAUGGACCUGUGGAGGCAUGUCCGGCCCCGAGCAACCGAGUGGGAACUCAUGCUCGUGGGAAGGAUGUUUGUGCUGGUUCUGGUGGUGGUGUCAGUGCUCUGGAUCCCUGUGGUCCAGGCCAGUCAGGGAGGACAGCUGUUUAUCUACAUCCAGUCCAUCAGUACCUAUCUCCAGCCCCCUGUUUCCAUCGUCUUCCUGACUGGAUGCUUCUGGAAGAGGACCAAUGAGAAGGGGGCUUUCUGGGGCCUGUUCCUGGGCCUACUGGUGGGUGGUGUGAGGAUGGCCCUAGACUUUAUCUAUCCCUCACCACUGUGUUACCAGGAGGACAGCAGGCCUGAUGUGGUGAAACAUGUCCACUACCUCUACUUCUCCACCGUGCUGUCUCUGCUCACCCUGGUGGUGGUGGUGGGGGUCAGCCUGGCCACGGAGAAACCCCGCCCAGAGCAGAUCAGCCGCCUCACCUGGUUCACCAGAUUUGAUAAGGUGGAGAAGAGCAGUGGAGCUUUAGAGACAGUAGAGACUGUGACUAGUGCUACAGAGACCGAGGAGAGUGCAGAGCAGGAGAUAGAAGUCAGAGAGCAGGAGAAGGCUAACGGAGAGACACACCUCCAGAGGAAAGUCUCCUCAGAAGCCAGUGUGAGGAGCCAGUCCAGGCUGAAGGCCGCCCUCUACUGGCUGUGUGGGAUGGAGCGGCAAAAGGAGGGUGACAGCGCCCCACAACCCCCUCUUCUUCUCCACCCCGCUAGCUCUCUGGAAGAGGACCCAUGCCUUAGCCACGUGGUCGACGCCAACCUCAUCAUCUGCCUCUCCAUCGCCGUCUUUAUCAUUGGCUACUGGGCCUAGUGAGGAAUUCUCAACAGCCAAUGAUAUUGGCAGGGACAGGUGGUGCUUGGCCAUUGCUGCAGCAUCAUCGGAGAGCUGCUGUAGUGUCACAGCAAAGCUGUUAUUUAUUAUUGUAUAAUAGCAAUGUAUCAUUUUUUUAAAACCCCUCCACCCCUCCUACAUUUGACAUACAUGUUACUUUCAUAUAAAGCAGUCAAUAACAAUAAUACAUUACCACACACUCUUUAAUCCCACCCCUCAGCCACUCUCAGCCCAUCC